CAGAUCCCGGCGCAGACAAGGCUCGCAGCUCCUCCCCGCUCUUCCCUUUUGCACGAGUCGCCUCCCCUCCCGGGCCCGGGCAUGCUCUGUUGUGGCUGUGCAGGGCAGGGGGAGGGCAGUACGGACUGAGAUUUCACGACAGACUCCCAGAGGAAGCUGGGUCCCAUCACAACAACAAGCAGGCGGCAUCUCCCACUCUCACAGCAGCCCCCAGCAUGAGUGCCCCGGGCACAGCUAACUCUCCUCGCCCGGGGGAUCUGCCGCUCUUUCCCUCCCUGUGAGCCGCAAGGGCCCUGCCGGUGGAUGUGACCCAGGGGAAUCUGCUGCACCGACCCCGAGGUGACAUGCAGCCUAGAGCCGGCGUACCUCCGCAGGGAUCCCGAUUUCAAGGCACCCAGUGAUUCCGGGACAGGCUCAGAGCGCGGCCCGUCACCCACGACAGACGCGGGCCGGGGCGACGAGAAAGCGGCCUUUGCCGAGCCGUCAGCUGCGCUUCCCAUGUGGUUGGAAUCAUGCAGCCGUCCCCGCACAGUUACGACUUCUUCAGCGAAGAGAACGUAGUGAAAUGGAGAGGACUGUUCGUCCCGGCUCUGCGGAAGGUCCUGCAGCAGGUGCACCCCACUCUUUCUGCUAAAGAAGAUUCAUUGUACUACGUAGAGGAGUUGAUCCUCCAGCUCCUGAAUAAACUAUGCAUUGCACAGCCAAGGACUGUUCAGGAUGUAGAGGAGCGUGUUCAGAAGACCUUUCCACAUCCAAUUGACAAAUGGGCCAUUGCAGAUGCUCAGUCUGCCAUAGAAAAGCGUAAACGUAGGAAUCCACUGCUUCUGCCAGUUGAUAAAAUACAUCCCUCACUGAAGGAAGUACUUGGUUACAAAAUAGAUUACCAUGUGUCACUCUACAUCGUUGCUGUGCUAGAAUACAUCUCUGCAGACAUUCUGAAGCUGGCUGGAAAUUAUGUCUUCAACAUCCGACACUUCGAGAUCACACAACAGGACAUUAAAGUGUCCAUGUGCGCGGAUAAGGUCUUAAUGGAUAUGUUUGACCAGGAUGAUGACAUAGGCCUUGUUGCCCUAUGUGAUGAAGAGCCCUCUUCCACGGGAGAACUUGGUUAUUAUGAGCUGGUUCGAACAGAGAUUGCUGGAGAGCGCCAGUACCUACGUGAGCUGAACCUGAUCAUUAAAGUCUUUCGUGAAGCUUUCCUUUCCAAGCUGUUUACACCCACAGUCUUUACACAGGAUAUUGAAACAAUCUUUAGUAAUAUUAUGGACAUCCAUGAAUUGACUGUGAAGCUUCUGGGUUUAAUUGAAGACACUGUUGAAAUGACGGAUGAAAGCAGCCCACAUCCACUGGUUGGAAGUUGCUUUGAAGACUUAGCAGAGGAGCAAGCCUUUGACCCAUAUGAAACCUUAUCCCAGGACAUACUUGCUCCUAAUUACCAAGAGCAUUUUAACAACCUUAUAUCCAAACCUUCUGUUGCCCUUCAUUUCCAGUCUAUAGCAGAAGGGUUCAAAGAAGCAGUGAAAUACGUCCUUCCACGACUCAUGCUGGUUCCAGUUUACCAUUGUUUGCACUACUUUGAAGUAUUAGAGCUUUUACAAGAACGCAGUGAAGAUCAGGAAGACCGAGAGUGCUUAAAGCAAGCUAUCACCGCUCUGCUGAAUCUCAGAUGUAGCAUGGAACGCAUUUUUAAUAAACAUUCGCCUCGCAGGAGACCAGGGGAGCCCAUAUGGAGACUUUACAACCGUCAAAUGAGAAGCAAACACGUGGCCAUCAAAAAAAUGAAUGAGAUCCAGAAGAACAUUGACAGUUGGGAAGGGAAAGACAUUGGGCAGUGCUGUAAUGAGUUUAUAAUGGAAGGUUCAUUAACCAGGGUGGGAGCUAAACACGAGCGCCAUAUUUUUCUCUUCGAUGGCUUGAUGAUCAGCUGUAAAAUGAACCACGGACAAUCUCGAAUUCCCGGCUAUAACACUGCAGAGUAUCGGCUGAAGGAGAAGCUCAUCAUGAGGAAAGUGCAGAUCAAUGACAAAGAAGAUACAAGUGAAUAUAAAAAUGCCUUUGAGCUACUAUCCAAAGACGAGAACAGCAUUGUGUUUGCAGCAAAGACAGCCGAAGAGAAAAACAAUUGGAUGGCUGCACUGAUUUCUCUACAAUACCGCAGCACGUUGGACCGGAUGCUGGACUCUGUGUUGAUUCGGGAAGAGAAUGAGCAGCCCUUGCGUUUGCCCAGUCCAGACGUUUAUCGAUUUGUAGAGGAAGACUCAGAGGAAAACAUUGUUUUUGAGGAUAGUGUGCGAAGCAGGAAUGGAAUCCCUAUAAUUAAAGGAGGAACUGUAGUGAAACUGAUUGAGAGGUUGACAUACCACAUGUAUGCAGAUCCUAACUUUGUGCGGACCUUUCUGACCACCUAUCGCUCUUUCUGUAAACCUCAAGAAUUGCUGAAUCUGCUUAUUGAAAGAUUUGAAAUUCCAGAUCCAGAGCCCACAGAAUCAGACAAAAUAGCCAUUGAGAAAGGCGAGCAGCCGAUCAGCGCCAACCUCAAGAGGUUUCGAAAAGAAUAUGUUCAGCCGGUGCAACUCAGGGUAUUAAAUGUAUUUCGUCACUGGGUUGAACAUCACUUCUAUGAUUAUGAAAGAGACCUGGAACUCCUCGACAGAUUGGAGUCUUUUAUUUCAAAUGUGCGAGGAAAAUCCAUGAAGAAAUGGGUGGAAUCUAUAGCAAAAAUAAUCCGAAGAAAAAAGCAAGCUCAGGCAAAUGGUGUGAGCCACAACAUCACAUUUGAAAGCCCCCCUCCACCUAUCGAAUGGCACAUAAGCCGGGCAGGCCAGUGUGAAACCUUUGACCUCAUGACUCUGCAUCCAAUAGAAAUUGCUCGCCAGCUAACUCUGAUGGAGUCUGACCUUUAUAGGGCAGUUCAACCCUCUGAACUUGUGGGCAGUGUAUGGACAAAAGAAGACAAAGAGCUGAACUCUCCCAACUUGCUGAAGAUGAUUCGCCAUACUACCAACCUAACAUUGUGGUUUGAAAAGUGUCUUGUGGAAACUGAGAAUUUUGAGGAGAGAGUGGCUGUUUUCAGCCGUAUCAUUGAAAUCCUCCAGGUCUUUCAGGACCUGAAUAACUUCAAUGGAGUGUUAGAAAUUGUCAGCGCUGUGAAUUCUGUACCUGUGUACAGGCUGGAUCACACCUUUGAGGCAUUACAGGAGCGGAAGAAGAAAAUCCUGGAUGAAGCUGUGGAACUCAGUCAAGAUCAUUUUAAAAAAUAUUUAGCAAAACUGAAAUCAAUCAACCCACCUUGUGUGCCUUUUUUUGGAAUAUAUUUGACGAAUAUUCUAAAGACUGAAGAAGGGAAUCCAGACUUUCUGAAGAGACAGGGGAAAGAACUGAUCAAUUUUAGCAAGAGGCGAAAAGUGGCUGAGAUUACAGGCGAAAUUCAGCAGUACCAGAAUCAGCCAUAUUGCUUACGGACAGAAGUUGAUAUACAGAGAUUCUUUGAGAAUCUGAAUCCGAUGGGAAAUUUUGGAGAAAAGGAGUUCACAGACUAUUUGUUCAAUAAGUCACUGGAGAUUGAACCAAGGAACUGCAAACAACCGCCUAGAUUUUCCAGGAAAACCUCAUAUUCACUGAAGUCUCCGGGUAUCAGGCCCAACAGUGGAAGACAUCUGUCCUCAUCUGGCACUCUCCGAGGCCAUCCGAUGCCUUUAGAAAGGGAACCCUAUAAGAUCAGCUUCAGCAGGAUCACAGAAUCAGAUCACGAAUCUACAAUAUCCCCUCCAAUCUCUCCCAACACUCCAUCUACUCCUCCUGCCUCUGCCUCCUGCUCUGAGCUCAGCGUCUUUGUAGAUUUGGAUCCCAACUCUUCUUUUGGUAGCAACAGUAUGCUUUCCCAGGUGUUUUUGCCAAACUCAAGGUCCUUCUUCAGUUCUUGUGGAAGUCUGCAUCGGUUAAGUGAAGAGCCUUUGCUUCCACCUCCUUUGCCUCCUCGUAGGAAGGUAGAUCCAGAGGGGUCAAAUCUUGCAGGGCAUUCAAAACUGGAUGAUGACCCUCCAGCUAUUCCACCAAGAUUGCCUCCACCUCCAAAGAUCCAGCCACGGGUUCCUGCCUACACAGGGCCUUUUGAUGGACCUCUUCAUAGCCCCCCACCUCCACCACCCAGAGACCCACUUCCCGAUACCCCUCCCCCUGUCCCACAAAGGCCUCCUGAGCAUUUCAUAAACUGCCCUCUAAAUCUGCAGCCUCCACCACUUGGCCGCCUCCAUCGGGAACAGGACUGGUUUCGGGAAGUCAACACAGCUCCAAACUCUCUCAAUACACCACCCAGUACCCCGUCUCCAAGAGCUCGGCGGCGUUGUUGUGGUCUCAGCACCAGUCAAAGCAAUCUUUCCCAUGAUUUGGCCCCUCCAGUUCCCCCACGGCAGAACUCCAACCCACAGCUGCCAAAACUGCCACCAAAGACUUACAAAAGGGAAUUUUCCCACCCUCCUUUGCACAGACUGUCUUUGUUGGAAAAUGCUGAAACUCCACAAUGACCACAGCCAUAAUAGUCUUAGACACUGGAUAGAGAGCAGCAGUGCCCUAUCGGGGGUUUUUUGGGGUCAUUUUUUAUUUAUUUUGAUAAUUAGGCACUGUGGUUCAUUUUUAAAGACUUUCGAUUGAGGAACAGUGAUGUGUAGUAAGGCCCCUGGCAAAAAGUAUUACAAUUAACACUAAAGUGCUACUGAUCAAAGCAGCAAGCUCAGAACAAACUGACACACUACAGCCUUUCUAACAGCGUGUAACUGCCUCAGGUUCAUCCGAGUCAUUGCCUUGCUCCCCAUGCAGAGCUUUGUGCCCUUGCAGGAUUGCUGGACUGCAGUGUAACCUCCAAACAAAAGACUCUCUUCUCUGGGCACCCAUUAUUUGCACUGAGCCACAAACCUGACACUCGGAAUGAAGAAAACAACGGGCAGAUUUGUUGGGAUUCUCUCCCUCUCCCUUUUAGCACUGGAGGCCUUUAAUUUCCAGACCAUUAAACAUUUUUUUUUCCUAGGGAACUUUCCUUUUGUGUUAUCAUUCCAGUUAUCUUGCCCCUUGGAGCAACUUCACAUUUGCAUGAGGUUAAACAGCCAGAACAAGUGACGUCUCUGCUCCUCAGAUACAAUGGUGGGGACCCCCUUAUGUUUCAUUACUCAGACAAACACUACCUAAUGUUCUUCUCAUGGAAUACAAGUGUUUAGCAUGCAGCUUAUUCAGAUGUGCCUUUUUUCGGUUUGGCCUGGCAGAGGCCAGCUUCUCUUUAUAAGUUGGUUACGUGGGAUCAAAGCGCAAAAUCUUGAAUGUACCAUUAAAUGAAAUAACUCGCCAAUGUUGACCCCCUUAACUGCUACGGGUCUCGAUAAAUACAACAAGCAAAGUCGCCUUCGUUAUCACAAAAGAAAUCUAUUACUGAGGGUAGAAGCUGCUAUUUUCUUUUUUUUUUUUUUGACUGUUUCAUUUAUAAUCCUGCCCUGAUUUUUUUUUUAAUUUGCCUCCUUGGCAAACUCCCAGCCAAAUGAUACCCAGACUCUACUUGGCUUGACACAUGGCUGUGGGGAGGCUCCUGUAGAAACAGUUUAUAAUGGAGCCUCACAUUGAGCUCUGCAUCUUGAGGCUUUGGGAUAAAGGUGGGAAAAGGGAAUAAUUAAAGGCAGCAGCAUUUUAAACAAGGCUGACGUAUCCUAUAAAAGAAAGUGUUCGCUUUCAUCUAAGUAUUAUAUGCCUGAGGCAGAGUUUAACAACCUUAGUAUUAAGGUUUGAUGGAGUCUGGAUAGAGAAGAGUCUCCAUUUUACAUUCCAUGAAUUUACACAGAGCAGAUGUAGAAGGAAGCACUACUGUAGCAGCAUCAGUUCUUACCCGAGCACUCUUUUAAAAGUAUUUGCACUUUUGUACAUUCUCGUCUGUGUUCAUGUUAAGAAGCAGGAAAACCAUCUUGUGAUCAGGCUCACGUCUACUUGCGACCAUUGGAGCCCACCCGGGGCUACAUUUGUCUGUUGCUUCUUCUUGGUCUCGGUUGUCUGAAAGAAAACACCUCUUAGUAGAAUUGCUUCUGUACGGACAAAGUCCUUUGCUCAUUGUUUCUCUGCAAAAAAGAAAAAAAAAACCUCCCUAUUUCCGUGAAUGGCGAUUUGUACUUUGUCUGUGGGGCAGUGACAUUCAUUGAAAUGCCCUGAUUGGUUGCUUUACUAUUAUACAUUUACUAUACGUCAAUCAAUCUUUCUACCAUGAGUAAGUUUGCAAACUGAUGGCAUUUAUGGGUAAUAACUCAGCCAUAGUAGCAGUGUUCUACUCCAGUUCUAUUACAACUGGACUUGUCCUUCACCAAGGCCGAGUGCUAAAUCCGGAAUUCCUAACCCGACAUGCUCCAGUUUCUGCAGUCCUACUAAUUCUCUAGCAGGAUAAAAAUACAGGCUGCGGUUUUGAGCUAAUGUUGUUCAUGUUGGUAAAGCCGUAGAAUGCUCCUCAUUGCAUUUAAUGUGCUGUAGAAUCCUUGUUUGUAAUUACUCACUGUCAUUCUGCAAACUUACUCUUACCAGUGAAAGGUUUGGUUACUAUUCCCACGGAUCGACUGAGGUUUCACCUGAUUUCAAGGAUCUUCGUGUUUGUAUAAAUGUCUACAAGCCACGUUUUAUUUCCUGGUCCAUGGCCUUUUACUGUGCUUUGUAUCAGUGUUCUUAACCAAUGUAAUAAAUCAGUCUUAAUAUUAA